AUGAGGCAAAGGGUAACAAUUUACUACCCAAAGCUAAGUGAAACAAACCUCAUACAGUUUGUCAAUAACACAAACUUACAAGUAAAAGCCCCGCCCAAUGAUUCGUUCAUUGUGGAAAAUAAAUAUACAGUCCCUUUAACCAAUCCAUGGAGAUAUAUCUGUCAAUUGCGUAUUCAGUCCAAGGCCAAUGAUGCUGUGACCAAUGAAGUGUUCCCAUUUGAGUUUUCUACCGGGUUGAAUAUCUACAUAUUGCCCAAAAACACCAUUAACAAUGAUGACAAUGUUGAGUUUUUUCAAGAGGUCCAAGACGUAUUGUGGCACUUGUUGGGAAUUGAAAUUGACGAGAACAAGUGGACAACAAACUUCAACUCGUUGUAUUACUAUGACACUAAGCCAGGUAGAUUAAACUGCACUUUUUUUCAACAACAACAACAACAACAACAACUAUUUGAUGACGAAACCUUUGAUUUGGUAUAUGUCGAUAACAUCCCUAAUCAAAUCAUCAUUCGUCUGUUGGAGAGCAAAGCCGAUCAAGUAGGAUAUGAGUUGGAGACCAACAUAUACAAGGAAAUAGGGUUAUUUGCUAAAGACGAGAAAAUUUCAACAAGCAAGGACGAUAUAGUCUUGAGUGGAAUGAGAGUAAUAUUGGAUGGUACUGUGGGUGGUGAUAGAGAGCUGGAAAAUAAACACAAGACCUUGUUUCAUGUCAAACCUAGACAUCGAUAUUUGGCAAAUUCGGUGAGUUCGUCAAUAGUGCCCUCGGGGCUCCAUCCAGUGCUAGCCACCCAAUUUAUUGGACCCCAGCCAAUUUUAGCAGAUGAGGAUAUCAGAAAAUGCCAACUAUAUUAUUACAUCAACUUGAACAAAUCGUUGAUCUUUGACAAGUAUCAAGACAUUCCGGCAAAUGCAAAAUUGCGAGUUGAUAACGGUAUACAGAAUCUAGAAUUACCAGAAUACAAACUAGAUCAAUGGGGUAGUGAGGUUAUGUUUGAAUUGGGCCAAAAUGAUGAUCACGAUGAUGCCAAUGAUAGUAGUGCGGUACAUUUUCCCGAGAGUUUCAACCUAACACUUCAUUCAAGAUACCAAUUACCAGGAAACAAUCAAUCCUUGUUUACCAAAGUAAUCAAUCCUAGUCCGCAAAUCUUCUAUGCUUGUGCUGUAAAAGAAGCGAGCUUAUUAGAGAAACUGCCUUUUGAUAGUAAGAAGCUUUGUAGGAUUGGUGGCAAUUAUGAAACUUACUUUUCAAACGAGACUGUAUUUUAUCAUUUCAACCAAGUUUUGGGUAAGAGUAACGAAGGACAUUUGAUGGUAGAUGUGCCGCAUGGAAUAACUACGUUUGACAGGAUAAAUUCAUUAACGUUCAUUACAUUGCUAUUUGGAAUUAUCAUCAUCCUUGCAGCUGUUUUCAAGAAGCUAUUCUCCUUUGCGAGCCACGCUGCCACAUUGCAAGCCAAAAAAGAUGAAUAA